UGACUUAUGAGCUCUAAAUAUCACGUAAAUAUUGAAUUCCAGCAACAAAUACACUGUCGUUACAAUUUUCCAAGGUACACAGAUUAUAAAAGCUCAUCGGCAUGAAGCUGGACGGAGUCAAGUCUAAAGACUCCCACGACUCCACGAGAUAAAGGGUGCAAAUUUAAUAAAAUCACAGAACAGCGCGAACUGACGGCGAAAUUCCCGAGAAAGGGAGCUGACAACUCCUACUAAAGCUUGUUUGCCAUUGAAAAAGCAGAUCAACCCUACGCCACCUGGUUUGACGAUAAAUUCGCGAAAUGAGGAGAGCAUAAUUGUCGCGUAGGUCGUGGAAUAUGAACUACACUGAAUAAACAUUCGCUUACUAACACUGUGGAAACGAAUGACGUUACUUGUCAGUUAAAAAACAAAUGUAAAGAUGUUUAUAUAUACCUGAAGAUUGGCACAAGAGUUCAAAAUGUCAACUUAAAAGAGCUGGUCUUUUUUUAUAUCAUCGCAUUUAAACAAGGAGCUUUUAUCUCAAAGUUAUACCACAUUGGCCCAUCGAGGCAGUAUAUUCCGGAACAACUAGCCACUGAGACGAAGCAUGUUGCCGAAGAAAAGGAAAAUAAUUUACGUUCUGCCUUCUACUCUGUUGUUACUCGUGAUAUUUUGCUCGGCAUCUGAAGAUGCUGAGAUGGACGUGCUACUGACUGUAAUCCGCGAUGAGAAUCUCAAUCUCCCGGACCGCGUCAACAUAUGUCCGACCAGAGAAAGCGUAAUGCCACACUUCGAAGCGAAGACUAUGAACUGCAGCGAGAAAAGAAAGCCCGAGAUGUGUGAAAGGAACGGACAACUCAUCAGUGGUUAUCCGUGUACGUGCAAGAAUAAAAGUCCACUUUAUUCGGCCGGCAAAAGACGUUGUGUCCAUAACGUCUGGCUUCGCAAAGGUUGUGACCUUCGUUUCGGCUCGUGGCGUCACUCGACCGGGUGGGUAUGGGACGAGCUCGACGAUCCGACACCGUUACUGUACCUAGACGACGGUCACGGCAUUGCAGGAGGUUUCAACGUUUCGAAUAGAGAUUUUGAGCUUUGCAGUCUCUUAAAUGUGACUGCGCUGUCAAAAACUGGCAUUUGGUCGAAGAUUGAUUUUCGUUUCGAGGAUUUUCAAUUCUUUGUUUCAAGAGGAUAUUUUCAUAUAAGUUGGAAUACCGUACACUUAGACCCAGAGAGCAGAGACACCAUAACAGGAAGGCUUUUACGAUUCUCUAUUAUGUGUCGACGACCCGAACCCAAAUCACAUGAGGAUAUCAUACGUGAUCCAUUGGAGUCGUGUCUGACUUUUAAAGCAACAGGGAACUAUACUAUUGCCGCUGAUUCACCAAAAAGGAAGAAACCAGAAGAACAAACCAACGACCCUACGAUAGCGAUAAUACUGGGAGUGAUUAUUCCAACUGUGGUCAUAAUUGGCACAGUGAUCAUUGUGGUGUUUCUCAGGCGGCGAGGAUUCGGUACACGUUCCAACAGAAUUAAAUUUCCAUUUCAUUUACGCGCAAGAUAUGCGAAGUGAACAUAUUCACGAGAAAAACCUUACAAUUUUCAUUUUUUAUUCAAUCUUAUCAACCGAAAUAUAUACGAUAUAAAGCCUGGUUCUUAUAUCUCGUAAUGCAUCGGCGAUGUUCUACAAACCACUGUACGUGACCAAUGAAUAGAUAAUUCUUUUCGAUUUUAUUCAUCAAUCACCACCGAAAGUAGAUAUCGCCGAUGAAUGGCGAUAUAUGAGAACCAGGCCUGAAGGUUCACCUUUUGGGCCAUAGUAAUGCAAUGCACAGGGGUUCACUAUUAGAAACUUUCUAGGUAUACACCACAUAAGUAUAUAAUACUGCAAAGCUUUCGGUCCUUUAACCCGGGUCUUCAUCAGUGCAAUUGAUAAUCGAAAGCUUUGCAGUA